CAGGUAGAGUUACCUCAGGUGUGUCCACUCAGUCUGCAGCCGCUGAUCAACAGACACUGACGGUGACAUCAUGGCGUUCCAUGCUGAGUUCGAGGGCGCGGGGCAGAGGGCGGGCCUCCAGGUGUGGCGGGUGGAGAACAUGGAUCUGGUUCCUGUUCCUGCCGCGCUGCACGGAGCUUUCUACAGCGGAGACGCUUACCUGGUCCUCCACAGCACGGAGAACCACCGGGGAACCCUGCAGCACCACCUGCACUACUGGCUAGGGUCCGAGUGCUCUCUGGAUGAGAGCGGUGCGGCGGCCAUAUUUGCGGUUCAGAUGGACGACUUUCUGCAGGGGGCGCCGAUCCAGUACCGUGAGGUCCAGGGCUACGAGUCCAAAACCUUCAUAGAGUACUUCAAAACCGGACUCAAGUACAUGAAAGGGGGCGUGGCCUCUGGCUUCCACCACGUGGUGACCAACCAGGUUCAGCGGCUGCUGCAGGUCAAAGGUCGACGCGUCGUCAGGGCAACAGAGGUUCCUGUCAGCUGGCAGAGUUUCAACCAGGGAGACAGUUUCAUCCUGGACCUGGGAGAGGAAAUCAUCCAGUGGUCUGGUUCCCAUAGCAACCGUUUUGAGAAGCUGAAGGCCUCCAUGGUGUCUAAGGGUAUCCGUGACGACGAGCGGUGUGGGCGGGGCCAGCUGCUGGUCUGUGACGAGGGGGAGGAGCCAGACAGGAUGCUGCAGGUUCUCGGGGAGAAACCAGCGCUGCCUGAUGCUCAGAGUGACGACACCAAGAUGGACGCCUCCAACAGGAAGUUGGCACAGCUCUACAAGGUGUCCAACGUAGGCGGUGACAUGGAGGUUACCAUGGUAGCAGAGAACAACCCGUUCUCCCAGGAUGCUUUGCAGUCCAGCGAGUGUUUCAUCCUCGACAACGGAGCCAACGGACGCAUCUUCGUCUGGAAAGGUAAGGAUGCGAACACUGAGGAGCGCUUUGCUGUCCUGAAGAGUGCAGAGCAGUUCAUCCAAAAGAUGAACUACCCAUCCUACACACAGGUUCAGGUCUUUCCGGAGCAUGGGGAGACUCCGCUCUUCCAACAGUUCUUUAAAAACUGGAGGGACCGUGGUGACACCGUCGGCAUGGGAACUGCCUACGUACCCAGUCAGAUCGCCAGGAUAAAGAAGGUUCCGUUUGACGUGUCAAAGCUCCACCAAUCAGACACCAUGGCCGCACAACACGGGAUGGUGGAUCGUGGAGACGGAGAGAAACAGAUCUGGCGAAUUGAAGGAUCAGAGAAAGUUCCGGUUGAUGUGUCAGUCUUCGGUCAGUUCUUUGGAGGCGACAGUUACAUCAUCCUGUAUCAGUACAGACACAACAACAGACAGGGCCACAUCAUCUACAUAUGGCAGGGAGCAGAGUCCAGCCAGGACGAGAUCGCGGUGUCGGCUAUCUUGGCUGUCCAGCUGGAUGAAGAACUGGGAGGGGGGGCUGUUCAGGUGCGUGUGGUUCAGGGCAAAGAGCCCGCCCACCUCAUGAGCCUGUUUGGCAGCCAACCAAUGGUGGUGUACAAGGGCGGGACGUCCAGAGAGGGUGGCCAAUCAGAGGCUGCCGAUACCCGUCUGUUUCAGGUCAGAGCCAAUCCAGCGGGAGACACCAGAGCUGUGGAGGUGGACCCGUGUUCCUCCAGUCUGAACUCCGGUGAUGUCUUCCUGCUGGUUUCCUCCUUUGGGUCCUGGAGGUGGAGGGGGGGCCGCAGCAGCUCGCCUGAAGCUCGGGGAGCAGAACACCUGGCUGCACUCCUGCAGGUAACCCCCCCCACACUGGAGGAGGGGGGGGAGGAAGAUGCAUUCUGGGAUGCGUUGGAGGGGAAGAAAGACUACUGUCGGUCCCCCCAUCUGAAGAACAAGAUGGACGCUCAUCCUCCUCGUCUGUUCGCCUGCUCCAACAAGACCGGAAACUUCCUGAUGGAGGAGGUUCCAGGGGAGCUUACGCAGGACGACCUCGCUCCUGAUGAUGUCAUGAUCCUGGACACCUGGGACCAGGUGUUCGUUUGGAUCGGAAAUGAGGCUCAAGAGGAGGAGAAGACGGAGGCGGCGGCGUCAGCUCUCAGGUACUUGGCGAGCGACCCGGCCCAUAGAGACCCUCGUACGCCCACCGUGACCGUGAAACAGGGAUUUGAACCACCGACCUUCACCGGCUGGUUCCUGGGCUGGAACCACCAGGGCCUGUGACAUCACUUCCUGUUUACACACACAGUCUCACUGCUUUGCUCUGAUGAAUAAAACCUGUCCGUCUGCUCA